AUGCAUAUAUGUUUAUUCAAUGUUGUAAUUUGUAAACUUUGUAUUCAAUCAUUACGGAUAAUCAUAUUUAAAAGAAUUAGUAAUUUCUAUAAAAUGAAAAUGAAAUCAGGACUAAACACUUUGAAUAUGGAUAAUUCAUCCAUAGAUAGCAAUGAAGAUAAUUGUAGACAAAAACUUAAAAGAGGACAUUCAGGUGUAAAUCAAUUAGGUGGAAUGUUUGUUAAUGGUCGACCAUUACCAGAUACAACACGUCAACGUAUUAUUGAAUUAGCACAUUCAGGUGCACGUCCAUGUGAUAUAUCACGUAUAUUACAAGUAUCUAAUGGUUGUGUAUCAAAAAUUUUAUGUCGUUAUUAUGAAACUGGUUCAAUUAGACCAAAAGCAAUUGGUGGUAGUAAACCAAGAGUAGCUACAAAUUUAGUUGUAUUAAAAAUAGCACAUUAUAAAAGAGAAUGUCCAUCAAUAUUUGCAUGGGAAAUACGAGAUCGUUUAUUACAAGAAGGAAUAUGUACAACAGAAAAUAUUCCAAGUGUAUCAUCAAUAAAUCGUGUAUUAAGAAAUGUAUGUAACGAUAAUCAACUACCUCUUUCAUUAGGAUCAAAUCUUUCACAAAAUGAACAUAAUAACAAUAAUCCUAAUAGUAAUAGUGCUAGUCAUACAUUAAAUUCUCUUAUGAAUAUCCAAACAAUGCAAUCAAAUGAACAUCUAUUACAUCAUACCCAUACACAAAAUAAUCAAUUCAAUUCAUCAUUGAAUCGUAUGCCAAUGGUUGAUUUUCAAUCCUCUCAUCUUAAUCGUCUUAUGAAUCAGUCUAGUUUAAAUAACCAAAAUUAUCCACUACAAUUGACUGUAAAUCAAGUAUCUCGAGGAAUAAAUAUGUCACCUCGAUCACCGAGAACUUCACCACCUCGAUUUAAUCAUCCACAAACAGUAGCAUUUGCUGCAGCGGCUGCUGUAGCAGCUGUUCAACAAAAUUAUCCACAAACUUCAACUAUAUAUGAUUCAAUUACAUAUCAAAAUCGUUUAUUUGAAAUGAAUGGUAAUAAUGGUGUCACUACGACUACCACUACUACUGGCAUUACCACUAUCACCACUAUUACAGCUAGUAAUAGUGAUGUGUCUCCAACAUUCCAAUCAUCAACGAAUAUGUAUGAUACAUUUUCUAAUUUCCUACAUCAUACCAAUUGGCCAUCAUGGUAUAAUACAUCCUCAUCAUCCUCAUCAGAAUCUACUAAUCAUCGUACGUCAUCUAUUUCUAUGGAUACAAAUAUGAAUAUAAGAAAUUAUAGUAAUAAUGAUAAUGGUAAUCCUACUACUACUAAUAAUAAUAAUGAUUGUUUAGCUGAAACAAAUUAUUGUAGUUUACCAAGUUUCAAUAUGUCUAAUAGUAUAGAUCCUGUUCAAUUUCAUCCAUCCCAUAUAAAUCUGAAUAAACCUAAUAGUAAGGGUAAUAAUAAUAAUAAUAAUGAAGGAGAACAUAAUUCAAAUGGUUCUCAUCAUACUUCAUCAUCAAUUCAUCUUCAUAAUAUGAAUGUAUGUGAAUUGAAUAAACCCGAUCAUUUAUUACAUCAUAGUAAGCCACAACAACAACAACAGCGACAGCGACAACAGCAGCAAGCACAACAACAAUCCCUUAUGAAGAAUAAUUAUGAUGGUGGUGAUGGUGAUGACGAUGAUGAUGAUAAUGACGAUGACGAUGACGAUGAUGAUAAUGGUGAUAAUAAACAUAAUGAAUUCAAUUUACUUAUAAGAAAUUCAUCAAAAUUAUAUGAAUGUUUAGAUACUGAAAUUGAAUCAAAUGAACAAUGUCAAUUCUAUGAGAAAUCAUCAAUGGGAUUAAUGGAAUUCCUUCAAGAUAAUCAUAAUCAUAAUUUAAAUCCUAUUCAAAUGGAAUUGAAAAAGAAAGAAUUAACAAGAUCAGAUCCAUUCAUUCAUUCAACAAUAGAAAAUCAACUAGAUCAAUCAAGAUUAAAUCUGGAAACAUUCAAAGGAAUUCAUUCAUCUAAUCCAACUAGUUUACAACAAAAAAUUCAAUCUAACAAACAACAACUAUUAAAUUCACAUUACAAUUCAAUGAAUAUCACUACAACUACUACUGAUAAUAUUAAUAAUAGUAGUAUUACUAGUAGUAGUAGUAGCAGUAGUAAUACUACUAUGACUACCAUUACCACUAGUCCUAUUAAUAAUAUAAUGAAAAUAUGUUCAACACCUAUGGAAAUAUUAAUGAAAACUUAUGGUAAAGAUAAUUUUACAAAAUUAUCAUCGAAACACAAUGUAUUACAUCCUUCUCAAUCACAACAACAACAACAGCAACAACAACAUACUACUAAUAAUAAUCAUUAUUCAGAAAUGAAUCAUACACUACUUAAUUCCAUUUCGUCAUCAGUAUCAAUGAUGAAUUCUAUGGAUCAUUAUAAUCAUCAUCAUUCUAAAUUAGAUGAAAAAUUAAAUGAUAAUAAAAAAAUUGGAAGAAAUAGAACAACAUUUACACCGGAACAAUUAGAAAUACUUGAAGAAGAAUUUGAACGUACACAUUAUCCUGAUUUAAUGAUUAGAGAACAAUUAGCAGGAUCAAUGUUAAUACCUGAAUCACGUAUACAAGUAUGGUUUUCAAAUCGUCGUGCAAAAUGGCGUCGUGAAGGUAAAGAAUUAAAUCACACUAAACAAAAUAGAUCAUCAAGAUCACCAAGUUUAGAUGAUAAUCCAAGUAAUGAUCAACAUUAUAAUUAUUCAAUAUUGAAUAAAGUACAAGAUUAUUCUAGAAUGAAUGAUCAUCAUGAAUUAGAUCAAUUGAAUUUAAUUAAACAAAAAUUAAAUUAUGAACAAAUAAAUCAUCAGUCUACUAUAGUUUAUCAUCAUGAUGAUGAUUAUCAUCAACAGAAUAAACAAAAAGAAGAACAAAUAAAUAUGAUUAGAAAAGAAUAUGGUAAUAUGAAUUGGACAUAUAUGUCUACACCAAUUCAUCAAGAGCAUCUAUCACCUAAGAAACUAUUUAAUUAUUCUGAACAAUUUGAUCCAUUAAACGAUCAUAUACCACGAGAUCAUUCAACUGUAAUCAAUCCAAUUUCUAAUCAUCAAACAGAAACUUAUACAAUUUUAAAUGAUGUAACACGUUCAACUAAUCAUGAACAUAUUUUAUCAACAAAAAUCAAUUUAAAUGAUCCUAUUCUAUCGAUUAAUCAUUAUAAUCAUGAUACAGAUCAUAAUUCUGAUCUAGAUCAUAGACAAAUACAAAAUAUCAUAUCAAAUAAUAAAAGAGAUGGAAUGUUAAUGAUGAAUUCAGAUUUUACUAAAUUAAAUUGUUUAUCAUAUAAUAAUCAAUUGUUAGAGACGAUUCAUACUGUGAAUACGACUACUACUUCUACUCCUCCUCCUCCUCCUCCUCCUACUACUACUACUACUACUACUACUACAAAUAAUCAUAUCAGUGAUACUAUUAUUAGUAGUACUACUACUAAUAAUAAUGUAAAUAGUUUAAUGAGUAGUAUACAUACAUUAAAUAGAAAUGCUUCACUUGAUAUAUCUCACAAUCAAGAAAGACAAAUUGAUAUAGAAUUAAUGGAUAAAACACAAUCUAAUCAUGCAGAUUAUCAACCAAUAUGGUUGAAUUCUACUGAUCAAAUACAUAAUUAUAAAACAGAUUCAAUAAAUCCUUCAUUAUGGUAUGGUAUGACAUAUCCUCAACCAAGUACAUUAUCUACUGAUUCUGGUAUUGGUUCACCACCACCGCCACCACCAUCAUCAACAUCAUCAUCAUUGUCUAUGCUGUCUAACAAUGGUAUCAUUGGUAAAUCACCUAUUUCUAUUGGAUAUGACCAUGGAUCAACUAAUCAUCUAUUACCACAAAUACUUCCUGAUACAUCAUCUCAGUUAUCUUCUAUGGCUGUAGCAGCUGCAGCGGCUGUUGUAGCUUGGAAUAAUAAUAACAAUAAUACCAAUAAUUCAAACUAUAUUCACAAUCAAAAUGUAACACCUAAAUCGAUAGUAACAUCUAAUGAAUAUGAUAUCAUAUUGAAUUCUCAUGAAUCUACACCAAUAAAUUAUGGAUAUUUAGAUAGAAUUAACUCAGAAUUUAAUUUAAUAUCGAAUACUUCUACAUCUUCAAUAUGUGCACCACCACCACCUUCAUGUUGUUCUACUACUACUACUACUACCACUGCUACUACUACAUCUUCUUCUUCGUCGUCUUCGUCUUCGUCUUCUUCUCCAUUGGCUUCAACAUCUUCAUUAUCAUUAUCACAAUCUUCUGCUUCUUCAUGUUCUACACAGAAUAAUACUAUAAUUAAUUUUGAUUUAAGUAGUUUAGUUAGUCAAACACCUAAUGAUGAUGAUGAUGAUGAUGAUGAUGAUGAUGAUGAUGAUGAUGAUGAUGAUGAUGAUGAUGAUGAUGAUGAUGAUGAUGAUGAUGAUGAUGAUGAUGAUGAUGAUGAUGAUGAUGAUGAUGAUGAUGAUGAUGAUGAUGAUGAUGAUGAUGAUGAUGAUGAUGAUGAUGAUGAUGAUGAUGAUGAUGAUGAUGAUGAUGAUGAUGAUGAUGAUGAUGAUGAUGAUGAUGAUGAUGAUGAUGAUGAUGAUGAUGAUGAUGAUGAUGAUGAUGAUGAUGAUGAUGAUGAUGAUGAUGAUGAUGAUGAUGAUGAUGAUGAUGAUGAUGAUGAUGAUGAUGAUGAUGAUGAUGAUGAUGAUGAUGAUGAUGAUGAUGAUGAUGAUGAUGAUGAUGAUGAUGAUGAUGAUGAUGAUGAUGAUGAUGAUGAUGAUGAUGAUGAUGAUGAUGAUGAUGAUGAUGAUGAUGAUGAUGAUGAUGAUGAUGAUGAUGAUGAUGAUGAUGAUGAUGAUGAUGAUGAUGAUGAUGAUGAUGAUGAUGAUGAUGAUGAUGAUGAUGAUGAUGAUGAUGAUGAUGAUGAUGAUGAUGAUGAUGAUGAUGAUGAUGAUGAUGAUGAUGAUGAUGAUGAUGAUGAUGAUGAUGAUGAUGAUGAUGAUGAUGAUGAUGAUGAUGAUGAUGAUGAUGAUGAUGAUGAUGAUGAUGAUGAUGAUGAUGAUGAUGAUGAUGAUGAUGAUGAUGAUGAUGAUGAUGAUGAUGAUGAUGAUGAUGAUGAUGAUGAUGAUGAUGAUGAUGAUGAUGAUGAUGAUGAUGAUGAUGAUGAUGAUGAUGAUGAUGAUGAUGAUGAUGAUGAUGAUGAUGAUGAUGAUGAUGAUGAUGAUGAUGAUGAUGAUGAUGAUGAUGAUGAUGAUGAUGAUGAUGAUGAUGAUGAUGAUGAUGAUGAUGAUGAUGAUGAUGAUGAUGAUGAUGAUGAUGAUGAUGAUGAUGAUGAUGAUGAUGAUGAUGAUGAUGAUGAUGAUGAUGAUGAUGAUGAUGAUGAUGAUGAUGAUGAUGAUGAUGAUGAUGAUGAUGAUGAUGAUGAUGAUGAUGAUGAUGAUGAUGAUGAUGAUGAUGAUGAUGAUGAUGAUGAUGAUGAUGAUGAUGAUGAUGAUGAUGAUGAUGAUGAUGAUGAUGAUGAUGAUGAUGAUGAUGAUGAUGAUGAUGAUGAUUAA